AUGGACCGAAUUGGGAGUGGGAGUGAGGCUACGGCUAAUGGUGCACUGCAUGAACACAGUGCGCAAGACUCUCAACACUCCCAUGGCUCCGCGCGCUCGCAUGGCUCGCGAAGUUCGCGCACACCAACGCCAGCGAGAGAAAGCAAGAAGCCGCGAGCUCCACAUACGAAGUCGAGGCAAGGGUGUCUACGGUGCAAGAGGCGGAGGGUGAAGUGUAACGAACAACGACCCAAAUGCCGCGCAUGCCAGAUCCGUAACGAGAGCUGCAAGUACCCCGACCUAGUAGCCUGCUCAACAUGUCUACGCACCGACUGCAUCUGCUUCAACGACCCCAUCCCCCCAGCCCAACAACGCGCAGACGACUCCGCCGUCGACUUCGAGUUCAUCUACCACUACGGCCGCUUCACCUACGACACAGUCGCCGUCGAGCCCAUCACCGAGAACGCCAAACCCCUCUUCCAGCCACCAGCAUGUCUCCAGCACCCCUUCCUCAUGGACCUCUUCAUGGCCCUUGCCGCCACACACCUCGCCACCUCGAACCCAGCCGAAGCGUCCAAAUACAUUGUCCACGCGAUCCGCUACCAGAACCGCGCCUUUGGCCGCUUCAGCGGAGUCCUAGUCGACCCGAAAGUAGAAGACUGCCUCCCCAUGUUCCUCUUCUCCGCCAUGCUCGGUAUCCUCCAACUAGCCCUCUCCCGCGUCCCCCGACCCACCGACCAAUCCCAAUCCAUCCCCCCAAUCGAAACGCUCCUCGAACUCCGCCGUCUAUGGCGCGGCUCAAAAUCUAUCCUCCAGCACUCACGCGGCAUCAUGUCCUCGGAGAACUACCAAUCCAUCUUCGACGACGAUGAAGCCCCACGACGCGAACACCUCAAGACUCCCGUUAGCGACAAGGAUCUGCAAGGCGAAUGCUACGGCCCUCUGAAUGAUCUGCUCAAUCUCGUCGAUGCUACGUUUCCGACUGACUCUACAUCUUUUCCAAUCCCGAUCCAGGAAAUAGAUCCAGCAGCCGUUUCGGACGACGAGGCUUGUAAGCUCGCCGUCGCGUGGCUUCGUCGUAUUACCGGUCUGCAUCUCAGCAGUCGGCCAGCGCAGCUGCUGGCGUGGCCGGUCGUGAUCCCGGAGAAGUUCCUGCACUUGGUGCAAGCGGAGAAUCCUAGGGCGCAGGCGAUUUGUGCGUGUUAUGGGUUUUUGUUGAGGAGGUUGAACGAUCGGUGGUGGGCGCAUGGGUUUGGGCAGGAUUUGAUCUUGCAGCUGGCGAGUCCUAGGAAUAGGGCGAUUUAUGCGGAGUUUUAUCGGAGGUUGUUUGAGAGUGCUAUGACGGAUGGAUGA